AUGAACAGCGCCCAGAGUGACUACACCACCAAUGAGAGGAGGAGGAAGCUGCUCGCCUGCCUUGAGGCCACCCUCCAGGAGAACGCGGCGGCGGAGGCCAGGAGGCGAGAGGCCUGGAUCGAGGAGGAGAAGGAGCGCCGCAGGCGCAUGCAGGAGCAGCUCGAGCGGGAGAAGGGCGACGCGCUGCGCGACCCCGUCAAGCAGCAGGCCGAGGACAACAAGGAGGAGCUCCAGCACCAGCUCCUCUCCGCCUUCUCGGCCGUCACCACCCACCAGGCCGAAGAAAACGAGAGGUACCACUUCAGCUCAGCCACCACCACUCUUAAGGCCCGUCGGGCGUGA